AUGGCCAUUCUUGCCUCUUUAUUUACCUGCUGCUCCUCGAGUGACCGCCCAAGUAAACUUGACGCCCAUACCCGCCAUGCCCGCAUCAUCGCUGUCACCAAUGGCCAACCCGAUCGCUACCGAUGUCCUCCUUCACAGCCCCUGAGUUAUCCUCGCGACAACCCUCCAGAGUAUAAAGACAUAAUCCAAUAUCCCCCAACAGCCGUAGACGAGAAGUCUCUUCCUGUAGACUUUCAAUUGACCGUUGAAGACGAAGAGGAUUCGCCGCCGCCAGCAUCACCUCGUUCUUCCGUCAUCUCAAUCCCCUCGACCCGACUCACGGACCUCACUACAGCACGAACCGGCGAAACGACGCAUCAAAGCCGAAGAGAAAGCCUAGAACAUGUGUGGACUCGAACAAGUCUGCCUGCGUACUCAGAGAGGAGUCCAAGUCCAGCAACCUUACCCGCCACUGCGAGAAAUGAUGAUAGGGAUGCAGUCUGGCAACAUCCAGUUAUGGCGAGUGAUUGGCUUGAAGUAUUGCGACAAGGGACGCAGGCUGUGCAAAGCAGGAACGACAGAUGA